CCCAGGAAGUGAUGUCACAGGAGCGGAGGCUGCUGAUUGGACAGGAGAUUCCCGGGCAGCUGCUAUAAAACCUGAUGUGAAGCCACAACAAGACACAGGAACAGAGAGAAGAGACGACGCAGCAGGACGGACACACUCCUCCAGACCCAAGAUGCAGUUCUGUGGCUGUUUGCUGUUCACCUGCCUGCUGAUCAUCACUGUGCUGCACUGCAGCGUCACCGGCUUCAGAGUCCAACAGCUGCCUCAGGACGUGGCCUCAUCCCGUCGGGUCCCUGUGUUCCAGCGUGUAGACCGGCCCCCGUCGAGGCCCCGCCCCGGGGGUGCGAAGAGGGAAGGGGAGGAGCUAACGGCCAAGCUGCUCCGAACGGACAACCUGGCGAGGACGGAGAACGACGUCAUGGAGCCGAAGAGGAAGAGGAGUUUCCCUGGCAACAACGCACCGAUGGACCGCCUGUCCAUCAGCUCCAUGGAAACCAAACAGGCGUCGAACAAGCAGAGCAAAGUGGUGGAGUUGCCGCGCCGACGAGUCAAUCCUCCUCCCGUCGACAGGAUCGGCAUGAGUCGUCUACCAAACAGCAGAGGGUAGGCCACAGCCCCACCCCCACCCCGAGAGCCCGCCCCCUUUCCACAGCGCCCCCCUCUGGACAGACGAUUCACCAGAUGCAUGAAACUGCCAAUCACCUGCUGGGACACGCCCACAGCCUGCCUAUCACCCAUCAGUAACCCACCUUCACCUCACCUGGACACCACACAAACCCCGCCCCCCUCCUCCCCUCAUACUGAUGAAUGUUUAACGAUGGUGCAUUCAGGUGCUGCUCUGUGAAUCCAUCUCACGUUUCAGGACCAAAGAAAAGACAAAACAAAAUUCAUUCUAUUUCAAUCAUGUGUAUGUUUUGAUGAAAGAGUCAGAUAUGUCUUAAUAUGAGUCACAUUCAAAACCUUCAUUUAUUUUCUAUAGAAUUCUACAGCAGAAAAACAUUACGUUAAAAUUUCUUAUCUGAGUCAUAUCAACAGACCUUUGCCCUGGAUUAACUGUUGCACACUGUCGGGCGGUAAACGGGCUGUUUAUCACCGUAUCACCUGAAUGCAUCACGACUCCCUCGCUGUGACUCUGACCGGAGGCGUCUGUUGCCUCGACGCUCGAACUGAAACGUCUGACACGACUUGACUUGAGUUUCUGUCUCAUAGUUUGAUUCCCGCAGCAGCAGCGCAGCAGGUCUGUUCGCAGGUGGACGACCCGCCGAGACGUUUCCACUGCACCGCACGACACCAACAUGGAAACAGAUAUUAAUACUAACGAGUGACCGACAUCGCGGUGUAAUGUUGAGGCCAGUGUGAGAGCGCGACAACUUCAGUUAGGUCUGUUUUCUUUGGGCAGAAUCUAGUGGCCACGAGAGGAACUGCAGCCAAAACCAAAGUUACGUGUUGGAAAUAUUUCUUGGCAAACAAGAUACUGCAUCUUCAAUUCUGUCAAUCUUAAAUAAUAAAUGAUCUUACCGUAAACAAACAGAAAAUUCAUUCUGCCGGUGCUUCUGUGCAGCGUUAGCGGCUAAAGCUGUUACGCUGGUUUGCAAUUACGACUUUUGUUUGUUUUGCGAAAUUUAGAAGGAAAAUGUCGUCUUCCUACGUAGCUACAAGCUAAGUGGCGACAUGAAAAUUGUCCAUUAGAUCAACUGGUCCGACGUUGUAUUGAGACACGUGGGACCAUGAAACCUCCACAGCAGAAGUCUGUUGUAAAACUGGCAGAAUAUUCCUUUAAAAACUAAAAACUAAAAAACAACUGCUCGUGUUGUUUCCAUUGGAAAAGCCACUUCCUGUCCGCACGGCGUCACUGAGACACGAACCGUCAAGGACAUUCACGGAGCCCGGCGCCGGUGCGCUGGAAAACGUUUCCUCGUCAGCGAGAAGGUCGGAACUGACUCGUCUUUAGUUCCCGUCUGCGUUCAGUCCUGUUCGCCGCUUCUGUGUUCAAAUGCUUCUUUAGCUGCCUCACGUUUAAUUGUGCAUAAUUAAGAAUAAAUGUUCACUGUGCUUAA